UCGACUUUACAGGGGAAACACUUGCCUCUCUUGACCAACUCGCAUCUUUUAUUCGACGCUGAAAUAGCUCAGCUCACAGCCGCGGUUGAGAUGGGACUUUCUGUUCGUUUUGUCGUGCGCUAUUUACUAAUGGCGAUCUUACCAGUAUUAACACUAUCAGGCGCUGAUUCUGAUAACUCCAGACUGUUCAAGGAGGUUAAGAUUAACGGAGGCGAGGCCAACUGUUCUACAGAAGGAAAAAACUACAAAUCGGUCACCCUCUCCUCUGAGCUGACUUCAGCCAGGAUCCCCUGCAGUACCAUUUGCAACAUGGACGACGCCUGUGUGCUUUUCGACACCCAAGGUAACAUUUGCAACAUGUAUACGUUGACCUUGUCAGCUGUGACGCCCUGCGCCUCUGGGGAAGCGGGAACGAGGGCAUACACGAAAGUCCUUGGGGUAGACAUAGCCCUUCAUACAAGCGUCCAGUAUUCCAGCACAGUGGACGACCACGUGGUUUCCUUCAGUGAGCUCACGAGCAGCAGGACCACAUACCCAGACUAUCACUACUGCCCUUGUACCCUAGAGCAAGCCAACAGCUGGAUCAGAGUUGACCUGGGAGAGGCGGAAGAUUUCUCGCGUUGACCUCACGGCAUCUUUACAGCUGAGAGAGACACACUUCAGGACGGUCAACAUUCACAUUGGAGACACAGGAGAUUGGCAGAAUGACCCAAUCGUUGGUGUAAAGGAUGCUAAAACACCAGGCGAACUGGAGGUCCUUAAAUUUGAUGUCGCUGGCAAUGGAAGGUACUUGACUCUGGUCCAGCAAGAGACAGACUACUUCUGCAUUUGCAAAAUCCAGGCCUACGGUUACUGAAAGGCAAAUCUGUCUCGCCUUGGGGUACUCCUGUGUCAUCACUGAACGGAAAAUCAACAAUUAGGCUCUAGGUCCCUGGAGAAGGUAUAUAAGCCUAUUAAUACUUUCACCUGAAGGGCGAAUCUCUCUUCCCUUGGGGUACUCCUGUGUCAUCACUGAAUGGAAGAUUAACAAUUAGGCUCGAGGUCCCUAGAGAAGGUCUACGAGCCUAAAUUUUGUAUAUUCUAAACCACCAACAAUGUCAAACCUAGCUGUCAAUCAA